AAUAUGUAGCCUUUCGUUUUCUCUGACAAAUUCAUUGGGGUCAUAAUUGAAACGUGUCCGUUCUUUGAAGUAUUGAAAAGGUAUAAUGACAUUUUGGUCCCUUGAUAUUAGUAAAAUAUUAAUUUUGACCCUUGUAAUAUCUAAAACCUUCCAUGAAAGAUGGAACCAUCAUAAAUAGAGCCAUACACAUGGAAUUGUCAGAAAUAGAUGCAGCAAUAACCAUGGGUGUUGAUGAUGAAGUUGACUCUCAUUUGCCAUUGUUUGGCCCAAAUUCUUCUUCUUGUUCUUCUUCCUCUUCCUCAACAUCUAAGCUUCCCUUCCAAAAAUCAGGAACUAUAUGGACUGCAGUUGCACAUAUUAUUGCAGCUGUAAUUGGAUCUGGUGUUCUAUCUAUAGCCUGGGCCACAGCACAAUUAGGAUGGAUUGCAGGGCCAAUCACCAUUAUUUGUUUUGCAGUUGUUAUGUACAUAGCUGCGUGCCUCCUAAGUGACUGUUACAGGACAGAUGAUCACGUAACAGGAAAGCCAAAUCCGUCCUACAAUGAUGCUGUUAGAGUUUACCUUGGCAAGAAAUGGACGUGGUUGUGUGGUUUGCUUCUGUAUGUGAACUUCUAUGGGACUGGUAUUGCCUACGUAAUUACAAGUGCAACAAGUAUGAGAGAAAUUCAGAGAUCAAAUUGUUACCACAAAAGAGGAGAAAAAGCUCAUUGCCAUACUGGGAUAAACAUGUUCAUGCUGAUUUUUGGCAUUAUUCAGAUAGCAACGUCGCAGAUACCAGAUUUUCACAACAUGGCAUGGUUGUCUGUUGUCGCUGCAUUAAUGUCAUUUUGUUACUCUUUCAUUGGAUUGGGCCUUGGAUUUUCUAAAGUGAUUGAUAACAAGAGUAUCAAGGGAAGCAUUGUGGGAAUACCAACAAAGAGUGCUUCUCAGAAGAUAUGGCUAGUCUUCCAGGCACUCGGUAACGUUGCUUUUGCCUAUCCUUAUGUGGUUGUUCUCCUUGAGAUACAGGAUACACUAAAAUCGCCUCCACCAGAAAACCAGACCAUGAAGAAGGCGUCAAUGACCGCAAUAGUUACCACCACUUUCUUCUAUCUGUGCCUUAGUUGCUUCGGCUAUGCAGCCUUUGGAAACGACACACCAGGGAACCUCUUGACAGGUUUCGACGAGCCAUUUUGGCUUGUUGACUUUGCCAAUGCCUGCAUAGUCCUUCAUCUGGUCGGAGGGUACCAGGUAUUCAGCCAGCCAGUAUUUGCAUUUGUGGAAAGUUGGGCAACUCAGAAGUACCCUGAGAACAUAUUCGUGAAUAAGUUCUACACCAUCAAACUCCCGGUGUUGCCAGCUCUCCAGUUGAACUUCUUCCGGUUAUGUUUUCGGACUCUAUAUGUUAUAUCUACAACAGUAACAGCAAUGACAUUUCCUUAUUUCAAUCAAGUAUUAGGAGUCUUGGGAGCAUUGAUCUUUUGGCCUACAACCGUAUAUUUCCCAGUGGAGAUGUACAUUGUGCAAAAGAAAAUUGGAGCUUGGACAAAAAAAUGGCUACUACUUGAAGGUUUCAGUAUGAUCUGUUUGAUUGUAUCUGUACUGGCCUUUAUUGGAUCCAUUGUGGGAAUACUUAGUGCUAAAUUUUCUUAAAGAUGUAAAACUUUCUACUUUGAUUCUCAAAAAUGUUGGUAGUAAAUAGUUUAGUAAGAUUUUUAAGCUAAAAGACAAGGUAUAUUUUCAUUAUUUGCUUAGUAAGAUUUUUAAGCUGAAAGACAAGGUAUAUUUUCAUUAUUUGUAUGUAUUGUUUACACAUUUUUGGAAUUCCUUGUUUCAUGCCAUUCUUGAAAUGUGAUUUACAAAUCUCAUUUGCUAA